AUGCAGGUAAAAAAUUUCUCCAGAAUUCAGACCGCGAAUUGCAGGAUGAGAAGAAUCAGAUGCCAUGCUGUUCUUGCGAUCUUGGUGAUGAUAUCUUCACUGUGCUCUUCGACCAAUGCUCUCUCGUGGAGCAUCUUCUCCUCGUCAUCCAAGAAGUCAUCAAUGGCGCCGCCGCUGGGUCUAGACGGCGACACGGUGGCCGACUUCUCCAUCGACGGAGGCGGCGAGGAUGUGAGAGGCGAGAAGCUGCUGGAGAACGCGCGGCGCAGGAUCGCCGGCGGCGGCGCCGUGCAGGUCACCUGCUGGAACGAGGCGUACCGGAGCCUGUUCGCCAGCUGCGCCGACAUCAUGGCCGACAAGGAGAGGCAGUCCAGGCUCGCGUGGCACCUCAGCGGCUGCUUCCAGGAGGACUCCGGCCGGCCGCCGCUGCCGGCUUGCGACGCCGGCUCCGAGAUGGUGCACUGCCGCGAGCGCCUCUCCGACUCCGAGUCCAAGGUGUUCCUCGCCUUCUUCCUCGAGACCAACACCCUCUGCCACCAGCGGCAGGCGGAGGCGUUCAAGCGCAGCACCGAGAGCCUCGUGAACGAGCUGUCAAGGUCGGCGAGGUCGGCGCACGAGAAGCUGGAGAAGAUCGAGGAGAGGUCGGGGCAGCUCAUCCGCGAGUCCGACCAUCUCCGGCGCUCGCUGUCGUCGAUCAGAGCGCAGACGGAGCACCUGGCCAUGGCGUCGGACGACAUCAAAGCCCGCAUCGGCGACGUGCUCGAGCGCUCGGCGGCGAUCGUCGAGCAGUCGGAGGCGAUCGCGAGCGCGCAGGCGGAGCUGAGGGACGGGCAGGCGGCGAUGAGGGACAAGGUCGCCGCCGGCAUGGCGCAGGUGGAGGCGUCGUACAGGAGCAUCGGCGAGGAGAUGGGCAGGCUGAAAGAGGAGGCCAUGGGCAUCGAGAGGGAGGUCAGGGCCGUCGGCGGCGCCAUGGCGGCGAGGAUGGAGCGCUUGCAGAGCGCCGCCGAUGACGUCGGCCGAGUCGUCGGCAGGUCACUGGAGAAUCAGAGGAAGCUCUUGGAUGGACAAGCUAAAGCAAUGGAGGGGCUCGAUGCUCUCCACACCUUCCAAGCACAGGCUCUUCAGGAAAGCAGGGAAACCAUACAGAAGCUGGCGCAAUUCGGGCAGCAGCAGCAGGAGGAGCUCCUGUCUCGGCAAGAACAGAUCCGGCACGCUCAUGAUCACCUGAUGAAAAAUUCAGAAUCUAUACUGGAAGCUCAGGAAGAGUUCAGAGCUAAGCAGGCGAGCAUCUUCGCGGCGCUGGACAAGCUCUACGUCCUCCACAACGCCAUUCUCGUGGAGUCCCGAUUCAUCAAGGCCUUCUUCUUCUACUGCUGCAUCACUUUCCUCGUCUACAUGCUCACCAGCGCCAAGCAGACAUUCGCCAUUAGAGGCCACCUCUACUUCGGCCUUUGCAUCACGCUUGUGCUGGAGAUCGUCGUCAUCAAGCUCGGCGCCGAUGACUUCAGCAGGCAGUUCUUGAUCAUGUCCAAAGUGAUGGUCGUCAGAUCAGUGUUCCUCGCCGCCGCUGCAGUUCAGAUCCUGAACUGCAUUUUCACAUACAAGGAUUACGAAGUACUGAACCAUCAAUUGCUGAAGACAUUGAUGGAGAAAGUCCGGGCUAUUGAAGGCAACGCCGGUGGCGGAGACAAGAUGAAUCCAUGGAGUACUGGGAGUGAUGGCAGCAGCAGCAGCAGCAUCGGUGACUGCUCAUGGGUCUUCGACGAGCAGCUGCAGGAUGAAGUUGACAGCAAUGUCGACCCGGAUUUCGUGCUGCCGGGAGAAAUCUGUGGAAAUGGCAGCGUUUUGCCGGGAGAAAAUUCAGCCAUCGCGAGGUACAAUCUCCGACCACGCAUCAGACCGCGGUGA